AUGUCGCCUCUGCUUCAGAAUAAGACCCCGUUUGCCCUUUUGAAUGGAAAGAUGCCUGAUUACAAAGGUCUUCGAGUUUUCGGCUGUCUCGCUUUUUGUUCAACGUCUUCCAAAGGCUGUAACAAGUUUCAGCCUCGAGCUCGUCCCUGCGUCUUUCUUGGCUAUCCUGCUGGAUACAAGGCCUAUAAAUUGUUGGUUUGGAAACCAACAAAGGCGUGGGUAAGCAGAGGCGUGGGUAAGCGGUUAAUAAGGAAGACCGCAGUUAACACGCAGUCGCCCCAGUGUUCGAGAGGAACCUUAGCUUGA